AUGUUGCCACUUGAAGGCCUUAUUCCUGCAUACUGUUUAAAAUACUGUGAGGAUGAAGUGAUCCAGGCAUCCGAGAAAUAUGAACAAUUUUUGGAGAGUUCUUCGCUUCUAAUGAAAGGAGAACUGAAACUAUGGAAGAAAAAAUGGGUUGACGAAAGUAAAAGACCUGAAACAGCAACUGAAGCAUUAAAGGACUGUAACAAGCAGUUUUUCCCAAAUGUAUAUGUUUUACUCCAAAUAUUUGGGACUAUUCCUGUCACCACAAGCACUCCUGAGCGAAGCUUCUCUACUUUGAGACGAAUAAAGACUUAUUUACGUAACACAAUGGGGCAGGUGAGACUAAAUGGAUUGGCUCUUGCAAAUAUCCAUAAAGAAAGAGAGAUGGAUAUUGAAAAUAUCAUUGACAUAUUCAGUAAAGAGAAACAGAGGCGAAUGAGCAUGACAAAUUGGGCAGAAGUCGAAAAUGUACAGUGA